AAGAGAUUGUUUAAUUAGUGUGCUUGAGGUAUCAAGUAUCUCCUAAUCAACUUCUUCCUUACUAUUAUUUUAAUCAUAAUAAAAUGUUGUAUACUAACAAUUAGAUUUAAUAAUUAUAAUAUAAUUUAAUCAGUGUAAUACUAUGCCAAAAUAUUAAGUAUGAUCAAUAAUAUACACAUAAGAGUAUUAUUUGAAUUUGAAACUUGUUCAAUAUUUUUUCUUUAAUAUUAUUAACUUUACAGCAUCAUUGGAGAGAAGGAAACUUACCACCUACAUCAAAAUGCGCUGGUUGUAAAAAAACAUGCUGGUCCUCAGAAUGCCUUACAGGCUAUCGUUGUGAAUGGUGCGGUAUGACAAGUCAUGGUGGUUGCAGAGGUUUUAUAACAGCUGAGUGUUCAUUUGGUGUAUUACAACCAAUUUACUUACCACCACAUGCUGUUUCAAUUCCACGAACUGAAGUACCUAUAGAAGAUAUCAUUGGAGUACAAGUGAAGUUGAAAAAUACUAUUUUACAAAGAGAUACUUCAUGCCCUCGUAGUAUUUCUGAGGAAUUUAGCAGCGGAGAAGCAGUUAGAUUUCGUGAGGAAGAGAGUGGUAAAACAGAAACAACACCCACCGGAGCUCUUUUAUUAAGCAGUAGCACCAUAUGUCCUAAACAGGAUGGUACUCAUAGUAAAGCCGAAAAAGACCGCGAAAAAAAAGAUAAAGAACGUGAAGAACGAGAUGAAGAAAUGAUUAAAGUAUUUGAUGGGAAUUCUUCUUUACGGAGAAGAAUAUUUCGUGUUAUCACAGUUCCAAAAAUAUUUAAUUUAGAACAGUUGUUGAAGACUUGUUUAAGAGCUUUUCACAUAGCAAGAGAGCAUCACUUCAAUGUUUUUGAUUCACUCGUUUGCUUACAAUAUUUUGUUUCUUUCUUGCCUACACAACUCUUUUUGCCAUCUAUUUUUAAAUAAAAAUGGAAUAUUUUAAGAAUUUGGCAGCAGAAUGCAAACGAAAACUAACGGAAUGGAACGAGUCGAACUACUAAUAGAUAUACUUUGAUAAGGACUAGUUAGAUGUAAAGACAUUAUUCUCAAUGAACGGCGCUGAUCAUGGAGAAUAUUAAAAAAAAAAUUGUCAAAGAAAAAAAUAAAACAAAAAUAUACAUGCAAUGCAAUGCGCACAAAGUUUCUACGUUGCUGAUGAAGAAGGUAUGAAACAAGAAAGCUUUUGUGACGAAAAUAAAAUUUUAAAAAUGAAUGAAAAGAAAAAAUAUGAAUAAGAAAGUUAGGUUACUUAUGAUUAUGAAUGAAACUGAAAGUGUAUGCUGAGAAAAUGUAAAUUAUGAAAAUAUAAAAACAAAACCUUAUUUUGAUGUAUUAUAUGCAUUAAGUUUUGUUUUAAAAUUUAAUAUGUAGGAAUAUAUACAAAAAUAAAAUCAAAAAAUUUGAAAAUUGUUUGAACCUAAAUACCGUACCUAUAAAAUUAAUUUAAGCAAAUUUUAUGACACAUGUUUUUUUAUAUAAAACAUUGAAACCUAGAAGGCGAUUCUAAUAUGGGUAAUGUAAAUUCCAAAAUAUAUAACAUAUUGUAUUAACAAAGUUUUAAAAAAUAAAAUUUUUCAGAAAAAAAUUCAAAAUUGAUUAACGAGUUAGCUAACAUACUCGUAUACCUUGCAUUAUCCAGUAAAAAUAAAUCUUUAUAGAAAUCAUUAACUUGUACAAAAACUUGAUCAGUUGUGGGAAAUAGAUUUAUGUAAUUUAAAUAUGUUUAUUAUUUAAAUUUUUACAAGUUUUUGUUAAGAGUAAUCGAUGUGUUUCCCAAGUUUGCUUGGGUAGUACCUUUAAAACGGAAAACAGGACUUGAGGUUUCAAAAGCUUUUAGUAAAAUUAUUUCAGGAAGUCCAAGAAAACCAGAAACUGUUCAAUCAGAUGAGGGUAUUGAAUUUAAAAAUGUAAACUUUAAAAGUUUUUUAAAACAUAAUAAGGAGCGCGUACGUAGAAACACUUUUGAACAUGGAUAUACAGAAAAACGAACAAAAGAAAUUUUUAUAGUCGAUAAAGAUGUAAAUAGACAACGUUAUUUAUUAUUUGUACGGCAGGGUUUGGAAGGUAAAGAAAUAAACGGAAGUUUUUAUUAUCAACAGUUACAAAAAGUUUAUGCUUAAAUAAUGAUCGAGUUCCAUCACCCACUUACAAUUAUAAUUGCCAUCUAGCUCAAGAAAAGCAACAUUUAUAUGCAAUUUAAUCAAUCAAAUGAAGAAUCUAGUUCAGCCUGAAAUAGAACAUAAUGUGGUGCAAUCCAGAAAAUAACGCAAUGUGAAAAAACUUAAAUUUCAAGCAAAUUAAAUAAUUUAAUGAAAUUGCUGUAAAUUUGAAUAAUGAUAGUAUUCCAACGUUGUUUAUUUUGUUUAUCGCAACUUCAUUUAUACUGGCAUCGCAAAAUAUUUUUCAACAGAGAGAAUUCUGUAGAGACAUAUCCUGAAUGCAAAAUACUUGGUGUUAUUUAAAAGUCCACGAGGUAAAUCGCAAAUUUUAUCUUUGAAAUGUUUAAUGUUUUCUGCCACAAAUAGUACCAGAAAACCUUAAGAAAUUUCAAAAAGUAUAUAAUGAGACAACAUCAGAGCUAUAUUUUCUUAGACCUGACUCAAGUUAUAAACGAUUUAUGAAUCUCGAUUCCGAACUGAUGUACUUGAUGAUAAAAUAAAAGGUUGUGUGCUUUUGCACACUAGAUCAAUUAAAAAAUAAAACGAUAUGUGAGAAAUAUGAAACGUUUGAUAGCAACCCAGCAUAUACUGCAUACAUUAACUGCAUACAUGUAAAAAGUAUAAAACAAAACUUAUAUAAAAUAUUU